AUGUCCGACGACAAGAACAAAAGCACCAAGCCGCUCGAUUUUGAGGACAUCCCGCGCGAGCGAUCCGAUCAACCUAGACCUGACUUCUCGAAACCUCUUCCUCGCAAGAGACUCCCUGCCGCCCUACAAGAUACUCUUGACAAUGAAGAGAAGCUAUGGGAGACCAUGUACGAGGGUCACGCUGAAGAAUCCACCGAGAGCAACGUCCGUUACGCUGCUUAUGCCACAAGAGUCCGUACCAUUUUGAUGUCGGCUCACCGCUACGUCGCAUAUACUAGUGAUAUUGGAGAGAGUUUUAGACCUAUUGCACACCCUUACCUCGUCAAGGGCGCGUACGGUAUCUCUUGGGCAUAUCUCAUUGGUGAUGUCUCGCACGAGGGCUACAAGGCCUACCUCCGCAACCAGCGUGUCCUCAAUGGUGAUGACUCCACCGAGGCUCCAAGUGUUACGAGCAACGAGAAGCUCGCUGCAGCUCUUCCUGGCACCGUGGCUUCGAUCAACCCUGUCGGUAAGGUUCCUCUCAUUGAGGAUUACAGAACCGUCAUGGCGCAAAGAGCCAUCUUCCAGGGUAUUGCUAGUAUGGGUCUGCCCGCCUUCACGAUCCACUCGAUCGUGAAGUAUGCUGGCAAAGCCCUGAAGAACAACAAGAACGUCAAGCUGCGUACAUGGGGCCCGAUUGGCUUGGGUCUUGCCGCAGUCCCUGCACUUCCCUUCAUGUUCGACGAGCCCGUCGAACAUGCCGUCGAGUGGGUCUUCCACAAGGCCUUCUCGGCUGUCGGUGGAGAGGCUGCUGUCCACGGUCGUCCUGAGACCGGCCGAUCUGCUCUGCUUCAAUUAGAGGCCAAGGCUGGUGCCGUCAAGGAUAAGGAGCUAUAA